AUGAUUAAGGUGAUUGGUCUUGCAUUUUCCCUUGAAGAACGUCAAAUCUUAGGCAUACAAGGCCUUUUGCCAGCCAGAGUUAAAACCGAAGAUGAACAAGUUCAGCACAGUUUAUUGUUGCUCGACCGUUUGGAAAAUGAUCUGGACAAAUAUAUGUAUUUGAAUAACUUGGCCGAACGUAAUGAACGUUUAUUCUAUAAAGUUCUAUCAUCUGAUGUUGCUAAAAUGAUGCCUUUAGUCUAUACGCCCACAGUAGGAUUAGCCUGUCAAAAAUUCAGUUUAAUCUUUCAAUAUCCCAAGGGCAUGUAUAUAACAAUUAAUGAUAAAGGACAUGUAUAUGAUGUUUUAAAGAACUGGCCCGAAACAGAUGUACGUGCUAUUGUUGUUACCGAUGGUGAGCGUAUUUUGGGUUUAGGUGAUUUGGGUGCCAAUGGCAUGGGUAUUCCUGUGGGUAAACUAUCACUUUAUACCGCUUUGGCGGGCAUCAAACCACACCAAUGUCUACCCAUUACUUUGGAUGUUGGCACAAACACCGAGAGUAUCUUAAAUGAUCCUCUAUAUAUUGGUUUGAGACAAAAGCGUGUCACCGGUCCAGAAUAUGAUGAAUUCAUUGAGGAAUUUAUGACCUCGGCUGUACGUCGUUUUGGACAAAAUUGUUUAAUACAAUUCGAAGAUUUUGCCAAUGCUAAUAAUGCUUUCCGUUUGUUGGAAAAGUAUCGUCACGAUUAUUGUACUUUUAACGAUGACAUUCAGGGUACUGCCUCUGUAGCUGUGGGAGGUCUGUUGGCUUCACUGAAAAUCAAGAACACUCAAUUAAAAGAGAACAAAAUUUUAUUCCUCGGAGCUGGAGAGGCGGCUUUGGGUAUUGCCAAUUUAUGUUUAAUGGCUUUAAUGAAAGAAGGACUUUCGGAAGCCGAAGCUAAAGAACGCAUUUGGAUGGUUGAUAGUAAGGGCUUGAUUGUUAAAAAUCGUCCAGCCGGUGGUCUUAGCGAGCACAAGCUACACUUUGCCCAAGACUAUGAACCAAUCAAUACUCUGGCUGAGGCUGUUGAGAAGCUAAAACCUUCCGUACUCAUUGGUGCAGCUGCCAUUGGCGGUGCAUUCACCAAGGAGAUACUUGAAAUGAUGGCCGAAUUCAAUGAUAUGCCCAUAAUAUUUGCUCUAUCUAAUCCGACCAGCAAAGCCGAAUGUACAGCUGAACAGGCUUACACCUACACCAAAGGCAAAUGUAUUUUUGCCUCCGGUUCUCCUUUUGAUCCCGUGGAAUAUAACGGCAAAACAUUCUAUCCCGGUCAGGGUAAUAAUUCGUAUAUAUUCCCUGGUGUUGCUUUGGGUGUUCUCUGUGCCGGUAUGUUAACCAUACCGGAAGAAGUGUUCCUAAUGUCAGCUGAACGCUUGGCAGACCUAUGCGAACCCGAAGAUUUGGCCAAAGGCAGUCUAUAUCCACCACUAAGCAAAAUUACCGAAUGUUCCAUUGAAAUUGCUGCAUAUAUUAUGGAAUACGCCUACAAAAAUGGUUUGGCAACUGUACGUCCUGAACCAGAAAAUAAACGUGACUUCAUUAAAUCGCAUGAUCUUGCUUCAAUACCAAACUGCUUAGGAUAA